AGCGCUAAAAACCUUCGUCGGAUGCAACUAACGUCCUCGGAUUUUUCCACCUACAAAUAAAUUACCACGCGCUCGUCGGUAAUCUCUUUCCUCUUACCAGAAAAGGUCGCCACAGCAUCUUGCGCAUCGCGCAAAACUUGAACCCUGCGAGAACAAGUCACAUUCACACAUCCUCGCUGAACAAGCUCGCCAGGUUCUUAACAUCGACUGACAACAAUCACCCUCCGUCAGAACUCACAUUUACUGCGAGCACAAGCCGGAUCCAUCCCACCUGCGACAGCGUCCAAACAUCAUGGCGCAACCAUCUAGCAAUCCCACUUGUUCUGGGACAGCAAACAUCAUCUUGCGGUCCAGCGAAGAUGAUCCGGAGCACAUGUUGCCCCACCAGCGAAAAGCAGCUAUGAAAAAGGCCAAGGCGCGAUCGAUGCUGGAGAUUGAUGGCAGAACAGGCGAGGGAGGUGGACAGCUGGUCCGCAUAGCAUGCGCGAUUGCUUCCGUUAUCACUCAGCCUAUUCGCAUCACUAACGUGAGGGGAAACCGCGAACGCGGGGGACUCAAAGCUCAACACGUAGCUUCCAUCGAAUGGCUUGCUCGCGUAACCGAUGCGGAAGUUAAUGGCCUUUCCGUCGGUAGCACUACACUAGAGUUCAAGCCGCGGCAAAGCCCCGCAACUUCCAAGCUCUUUACCGGUAUUCAUGACCGCACCGUCAAGAUCGCUGCCGAUUCCGCCGCGGCAAGCACGUUGCUCAUCUUCCAGGCAAUUUUCCCCUUCCUCCUAUUUGCUGGCGGAAAUACGAGCAAGAAGCAAGAUCAGCCAGAACAUAUCGACGUGGAGAUUUCCGGCGGCACCAACGUCUCUUUUUCUCUUUCUUACGAAUACCUGGACCAAGUCCUCCUACCUUCCCUUGAGCAAGCAUUUGGUAUUGUUGUGGAGCGCAAGCUCAAGACACGCGGCUGGAACCUCGGAAAGAUGCAACGCGGAACCGUGGCCCUCCGUGUUCACCCCAUUCGAGUCGGCGAUUCACUCCGGCUCAGAAACCCGACAGCCUGCACCAUGAAGGGCAGAAAUAGACAAGGCGAGGAUUUCGACCUUGAAGCCAUCGAUGUCUCCAUCGUCGCACCGACAGACAUGCACGAAUCUCUCUCCCAAGCGCUGGUCCAGAACCUAGGCGACCUUUUCCCGGCCGUGGAAGUCAUCUUCAAGCUGCUGGAGGACAGCGGGGCCAACUCGCGAAUCUACGUGCUUCUAGUCGCGCGCUCGUGGCCUUCUGAUGAUGAAGGAGCCAGCGCCGGCGCCGUUUUGAGGUGGGGUAGGGACAUCCUUACUUCGAUGCCGAAAGCAGCCAACUCGAAGAAAGGCAAGAACAAGGGCGACAAUAGCUUGUCAUCGCAUGCAGGAACCGGUGGGCUGGCAUCCAUGAGCAAGAGCGUGGCGACCAAGGUCGCGAGAACGUUGUACGACGAAGUUUCUACCGGUGGCGUGGUAGACGAGUUCCUCCAGGACCAGCUGGUCAUCUUCCAAGCACUAGCGAGCGGGCUUUCGGCCUUUCCUCGUGGCAAUAGCGAUCCGACCGACGAUAAGGUCUCGGGACCGGGUAUCGAAGAGGCCAUGGCGGCGCUGGACCUCAGCGAUGAGAAUGCCACUCACGGGCUGCGGAAGGAUAAGACCACGGAGCCAUUUGGUGAGGGUACUCUGCAUGCACAAACCGCACGUUGGAUGGUCAGCCAGCUGUUGCCUAACGUCGAGUUUUACAACAAGGGCAAAGUGUGCGAGGGCGUCGGCUUCGCCGUCGAAAAACCCUAAGCCUGGGGGCCUACUCACUCACUUCAUUUGCGCUGAGUAUCGUGGCCUGAUAGGUCGGUCACUACAUCGUAUUCCGUCAGAGCCGACACAUCCGACUGCUUCGUUUUCGACCAGGAUCGGGCAAAUUCCACCUAAUGACCACAGAACACAGCACAACAAUAGGCAUUAGUAUUCAGAGGGUAGCGGGAGUUUCUACUUCAUGGACAAUGACAGUCUGACAACCAGACAACAAGCCACGUAGCGGAAUCCAACUUGCUUGCUGAGGCAUUCUGGGGCUCCCAACUCUGAAAUGCCAUUAAG